AUGAAGUUUGCUCAGAAUUCUUAUUUGAUUCUCCUUAUUAGUUUUUGUGUAUGCCCUAUAAACGCAUCUAAACAAAAUAGCGAACGAAACCGAGCCAAUUUGGUUAUUGGUGGGAAAAAGGUUCCUAUUGGCGGUGCGCCCUGGGCAGUUUCUAUUAUAAAAAAUCGUCAGUUAAUUUGUGGUGGCUCCUUAUUAACCAACAAGAUAGUGAUUACGGCGGCCAGUUGCAUCAAGGAUGUAGAACCAGCAAAACUUUUGGUGCGGGCUGGAACUACAGCAUUCAAAAAUGGCGGAAAACUACGUAGAAUCAAGGAGACCAUCCAUCAUCCAAAAUAUGUGGAAAACAGCCACUCUUAUAAUGUGGCUCUUCUACAUUUAUUGCGGCCGUUCAAUAGCACUGAUAAACUUGUGGGACAAGUCAAAUUGCCUGCUGCGAAUUCGGUACAGCCAUCAUCAAUAUAUAUUUUUGGUUGGGGACUAUCAAGCAAUAAAACCAGUGUGCUUAUGACGAAGAAUUUGCGUUUCACAAAAACUAAAAUAUAUUCUGAAAAGAAGUGUGCUCAAUAUCUGUAUGAGGAAGAUGACACUGAUUACGUAUUUUGUUCUGGCGAUCGGACGAAAACUUCUGAUAUCUGUACUGAUGACACAGGUAGCCCGGCAAUAUUCGAGGACAAUAUUCAGUUUGGUAUAGUAUCGGAUGGUGGAGCAUGCUCCCAAACACGUACAACAAUUUUAACUAAUCUCACCAAACAUACGAAUUGGAUUAAAAAUUUAAUAAGCGAAUUCGAGAGUGAAAAAUAAAAUGAAAAGUCUUGAUAAAAGUAAUUUGAAUUAUGACCUCAAAUUAUUUUGAACAGUUAUUUAAAAAAGCGAAUAUUUCAAUCAGAAAAAUAUAAUAAAACUCUUUGUUAUUUGUAUUAAUUGUGAAUGGUGGCGACAAUUCAAAUUGAAUAACGUAAAUAAAUUAAUUUAUUUCACUUUAACUAUUGUAUUCAUUGCAAUCGUUUUGUGAUUUGUUAUUAUUGUUAUAAUAGUUUAAGUGUUUUAACUGGUUGUUAUGAAGACAUCGGAACUCAAAAAUUAUUAAUAAUUAUAGGCGAUUCAGCGCUAGAACAGCAGAGCACUAGUUUGUUCACAAUUUGAGGUCGUCAACAGAAGUCAAGGUCAUCGUGUCUGCAGUUUCCAGCGAUUCCGGAGUGAAUAAGAGCUAAAACAAAUCAACUCGCCAGACUUUUAAAGUUAUAUGUACUGUUGUUGUUUUCAAAUGUCAUAAAGUUAAUUCAACUAAGUUAUUACUGUUUACAUUUGUUUUUCAAAUUGGCAGGGUAUUCUUCAAAUUGGGGAAACAUAGCUCAAGUAGUUGUUUACAUCUGUGAACUAAACCAAUAGAAAUACCGCGUAUAUGAUUAAUUUUGUAAAAAUUAUAAAUUAAUUAAGUUGUAAGUAAUUUAAUUUAUUAUAUUUCUAUUUUCGAAUAAAGCAUUUCCGUGUGCAGGACAUGUUCUUAUGAGGUGAGCUACAUAGCUUUCGCAUGUUUUCGCAAC